AUGCCGGUGAAGGAAAAGGAUGAAGUUCUUAUGGAGGACAUUAAAGAGGAUCUUCACAGCAUGAGGGUGAUGGUCGUUGAGGCAAACGAUGUCUCUGAGCUUGACAGGUGUAACUUUGCAAGCCUUUUUGGGAUGUACAGGAAUCCACAACAGCAGGUGGUGUUUAUAAGAACCAUAUACAGGCAAAUAAUACGGGAGGUUCUUAAGUUCUUCUCUGCCAGGCACGUCACGAAGGCAAUGGCCAAUGUCUGUAUCCUUGGCGAGGUAUUUCGGAGCCAGAGAGGCUUUAUCGACAUAGAGAUGAGUCUAGAGGACGUGGAGUGCAUCAACCAGCAUGUAUACGGCUUGGGGAAGAGAUACAGCGCUGGGGUUGUUUGGGAGGGUAUAUGCGCAUGGAAUUGGAUGAAGAGAAAGAAGGCUGUUCGAGUAUGUGUAAUGCCAUUUCCGGACGAUGAGCAGAGUUUAAUGCUUAUUGAAGAAGAGCUGGAGGCCAUAUCAAGGACCCUUGAGAACUGGGAGGGUUCUAGAAGUGGGAGCUGUAUAGAUUAA